UACCCCACCAAAAUCACCCUGUCAGCCCUUUCCAGCCCUGUGGUGACCUCAGGAGGAAAUGUGACCUUUCAGUGUGUCUCACAAUAGGCAUAUAACAUGUUCAUUCUAAUGAAGGAAGAUGAGAAGUUCUCCAGGCCUUUGCCCUCACAGAAAAUACACCCUGAGCUUUUUGGAGCUGUGUUCACAGUGAGUCCUGUGACCCCCAACCAGAGGUGGAGGUUCACAUGCUAUGGAUAUGAUUGGAGUAACACACAGGCGUGGUCAGUACCCAGUAACUCCCUAGAGCUCCUGGUCUCAGGGACACUCCAGAAAGCCACCAUAUGGGCUGAGCCAGGCUCUGUGAUCACCUCAGGGAAUCCUGUGACAAUCUGGUGUGAGGGGUCCAAGGAAACCCAAAUAUAUUUCCUGUAUAAAGAAGGAAGCUCAGCACCCUGGGACAGUCAAACUCCCAAAGAUCCUGGUAGCAAGGCCAUGUUCUCCAUAGCAUCCAUGGAAAAGCACCAUGCAGGGCAAUAUCGCUGUUACUCUUACAAAUCUACAGGCUGCACAGAGCACAGUGAGCCCCUGGAGCUGGUGGUGACAGGUGUCUACCAUGACAAACCUAUUCUUUCAGCUUUUCCCAGCCCUGUGGUGACCUCAGGUGGGAAUGUGACCCUUCAGUGUGUCUCAUCCAAAGGAUAUGAUGGGUUCAUUUUGACUGGGAAAGAUCUGAAGUUCUCCAGGUCCCAAAAGGCACAGUUCAUACACACUGGACAGUCCCUAGCUCUGUUUCCUGAGAUUUCUAUGAUAUCCAGCAAGAAUGGUCCCUUCCGAUGUUACGGAUAUUAUACAAUUACCUCACUUGUGUGGUCAGAGUCUAGUAACCCUCUGGAGAUACAUGUCUCAGGCCUGUCAGGGAAGCCCUCCCUGGUGACCGAACAUGGCCCUGUCCUGGGCCCUGGAGAAAACCUGACCCUUCAGUGUUCCUCUGAGAUAAGUUAUGACAGAUUUGUUCUGUCCAAGGAAGUGGGAAGUGACCUCCACCAGGUCUCUGUUCAUCAGUCUCAAGCUGGAUAUUUUCAUGCCAACUUCACCCUAGGUUUUGUGAAUUUUUCCACUGGAGGCCGGUAUAGAUGCUAUGGUUCUUAUAACUUCUCAGACUGGUCAGCCCCCAGUGAUUCUCUGGACAUCCUCAUCACAGGACAUCCUCCUGUCACACCCAAUCUCUCAGUGUAUCCAGGCACUACUGUGUCCUCAGGAGAGAAUGUGACCCUGCUGUGUCAAUCAUCAGUCCCAGUGGACACAUUCUUUCUGUUCAAGGAAGGUGCAGCCCAUCCCUACAUGCAACAAAGAGCAAAGUCUCAAGAUCUACGAUAUGAGGCAGAAUUCUUCAUGAGUGCUGUGACCUCAGCCUUUGGGGGCUCUUACAUAUGCUUUGGUUCUAACAGCUCAUCCCCUUACCUGCUGUCACAUGCCAGUGUUCCUGUGGAGAUCAUAGUCUCAGAACUGGAAGGAUACCAAAAGGCUGUGAUUGGUGUCUCUGUGGCCUUCUUCCUCCUGCUCUUCCUCCUCAUCCUCUUCCUUAUCCUCAGACUCAGGCAUCAGAAGAACGACAGGAAGGGGGUGCAGACAAAGACUGACUUGCAACAUCCUGCAGACUCAGCGAACAAGGGCAAAAGCUUCCAGAAGAGAUCCACACCAGCUCCUGCCAUCCAGGAAGAAAUCUUGUAUGCUACUGUGAAGGUCACACAGCCUGCAGACAGCAUGGAGCUGGAUGUCCUGAGCCAACAUGAGGAAGACCCCUCUAAAGAAUUGUAUGCCCAGGUGAAGCCCUCGAGACUUAGAAGGACAGAGAUCACCUAUUCUUCUUUCAUGCCAAAUGAAUUAUUGGCCUCCAAUGACACACAGUCAAAAGGAAAUCAAGUGAUAGAUGAACAGGCUGCUACAACAGAGGAGCCACAUGAUGUGACCUAUGCCCAGCUGUGCAUUGUGACCCCGAGACAGGGACAUGUGAAGCUCCCUUCUUCCAGGAAGAAAUGUCCACCCUGAGAUCAUACUCUGGCCUCUACCAAUCCUGGGAGAUCACACUCUGCAUUUCAUGGAGUAGGGAGGACUCAGGGAUGUCAGAAAACAUGAUCUGCCUCAGGUGCACAGUCAUAGUGCAGACAUGACUGGUCUCUGUAGCACGAAUCUUUAAGAGUCUUAUUAAUAAAAUCAAACCUGAGGCCAGUUAUUAGGGUGAAUGCUGGAAGAUCAGAGAAGCAGAACCACCUACAGUUACCUCACCUUGCC